CCAUGGGGAACCGUGUCACCCGCGACGACUUCGAGUGGGUCUACACGGAGCAGCCCCACACGCAGCGCAGGAAGGAGAUCCUGGCAAAGUAUCCAGAGAUCAAGAGCCUAAUGGGACCAGAUCCACAUUUAAAGUGGAUUGUAUCUGGAAUGGUUUUCAUGCAGCUGCUGGCAUGCUACCUGGUGAAAGACUUAUCUUGGAAAUGGAUUUUCUUCUGGGCUUAUGCUUUUGGGGGCUGCAUCAACCAUUCCCUGACCCUCGCCAUCCAUGAUAUUUCACACAACGUGGCCUUUGGGAACAAGCAGGCCAAGUGGAACCGAUGGUUUGCAGUCUUUGCCAACUUGCCCAUUGGCAUCCCCUACUCUGCCUCCUUCAAGAAAUACCACAUUGACCAUCACCGGUAUCUGGGAGGGGACGGCUUGGAUGUGGACAUUCCCACAGACUUUGAGGGCUGGUUUUUCUGCACGCCGCUCCGGAAACUGCUUUGGCUGUUCCUCCAACCUCUGUUCUACAGCCUGAGACCACUGUAUGUGAACCCCAAAGCAAUUACUCGGAUGGAAAUUCUUAAUGCCCUCGUCCAGUUUUCUAUAGACCUCAUCAUUUACUACCUGUGGGGGCUCAAACCUGUUAUUUACUUAAUAGCAGGUACAAUUCUUUGCUUGGGUUUUCAUCCCAUUUCUGGGCACUUCAUAGCAGAACACUACAUGUUCCUGAAAGGGUAUGAGACAUACUCUUAUUAUGGACCUCUGAACUGGCUCACCUUCAAUGUAGGCUACCACAUGGAGCAUCAUGACUUCCCCAGCAUUCCUGGAUGCAGAUUGCCCAUGGUGAGGAAGAUUGCAGCAGAGUAUUAUGAUAACCUCCCACAUCACCAGUCCUGGAUUCGAGUUCUGUGGGACUUUGUUUUUGAUGACACCCUUGGUCCUUAUUCAAGGGUUAAGAGACUGUGCAAGCUGGCAAAGGAAAGCUAACAGGAUAGCUCUGCCUGCUGCAGUGCAGUGUGUUUGUUCAUUCCCUUGACUCCUGUUUUCUGCAGAAAUAGAAGGAUCUUUGUGUGUGCUGAAUUAAAGUUGGUGCAUGCUGCUUAUGCCUAUACACACACCCAAGAGGAUGGGUGUAAAAAUGAAGCAAUUUUAGACAGCUGAUGUGUUUUAAUAAUGGAUGUUUGUAUAUGUAACACUCAGAACUUAGAUUAGAGUGAACUAUGAUUAGGUGAACCUUUGGUCUAGGCUUAGAAUUAACUUCCUGGGACACAUGUGCCUAAGCCCAAGUUUUAGCUUUGUCUGUGGGGAAGAAUGAUUGUUGUGUGUUGUGUGUGAGCAUGUGUGUGUGUAGUUCAGAACUGGUUUCUCUUGAUGCCAGAUUGGAAGUAGAUGCUCUGUGUGCACAGGACUGUGGAAGCAGGAAAGACUGGCAUGCAGAAGUAAAUGAUACUCUCUGGAGAACACAAGGGUGCUUUUAGCUCAAUGUCUUGUCUAAUCUAUUAUCUUCUGAUAAUUGCUAAUAACAGAAAUUUUAUAUAUGCAAUGGAAUAUGUUGAUAUUUUUAUAUGUCUGUAACGUUAUUUUAGUAGCUGCUGUUUGAUCUUUAUUCCAGGGCUUUGUCUAAACAGUUUCUGAAUGAAUUUCCAUUCUUAGGAUCUAAUACUAUUGCUAAAUGACAGAUCUGAACUGUGGCAAGGAAGAAUCCUUUCUUUAGUCUUCCACCUACUCGCUGAUCAGCAGCAUGGAUGUGCCUCUGGAGGAGCUGGGUGGUCUUUUCUCACUCAGCUUUUCAACAGUAUUCAUAGCUUCAUGUAUCUCACCCUUUUCCCUAAUGUGUGUCCUCUGGGAAAGGAGAGGUUCUAGUUUUAAUUUUUCCUUGCCAAGACUAUUAGCAUUCCUUGUCACCUUUCUUGGUCUCUUCUAUAUAGCACCCCUUUCUGCAUGGGAGUUAGGAGUACGUGUCAGUGCAGACAUGGAGGUGUCUUCAUGGUGGUAUUUGUUCCUAACUACUUUCAGAAUAAUGGCAGGGCUUUUUUCUCUGUCAUUCAAGGGGCACAACUUGACAUUUGGGAAGCACAUGAUACUCCAGCUAUAUAAAAUUGCCACUGGUGGUGUUAAGGGAUGUACCUGGAACAUGGAGAUGGGGCUGUUUAUCUCUUACUUGGUGCUAUUGACAUUAACCUUCACCUCUCAUUUCUCCCCACUGGCAUACCAAAAUCUUCCUGCCUGUCCUCUCCAGUUAUAAACUUCUGGCUAUCCUCAAUAAUUCUGCAUCAUCAAAAACCCUAAUCAAAACAAGCAGAACAGUAUCUUGGGAGUCAAGAAUUCAGAGGCCAUCUAGUAAAUUCUCUCCACCAUGGAAAGUUGGAAAAGUAUUUCUGUCCUUACAAAGUGGUUAAAAGAGAAAAAUGAUAUAUAUAU